AUGUCUGAGCUAGACCCUUUCUUCAAAGACAUAAGAGAGGAAAUAGCCAAAGAUGUCAACAAAAAAACUUUGUUACAGGAAUUAGAAAAUCAAUUUGACUUGUCACUCAUCCCAUACCAAACCACAAUCAAUUCUUGGACGUCUAUCAGUCCAAGUCGAUUAAAUAGCGUAUUUCAGACUACAAACAGUUUUGAGUGUACAAUUCGAGAAAAUGUUGAAAAAUUCACUAACUCGUUGUUGGAAUUGGAUUGUAAAUCCAGUCAAAAAGAGAGAUUAUCAAACAAGUUCAUCGAGGAUUCCAUCUACAUACUUUUAGUGAAUCGGUACUUUUGGAUCCUUGCAACAUCAUUUGCUCAUGACCCUAUAAAGGUGAAAUUGAUAACUACAGAGAAUAAUUUGGGUAUCAUCGCCACACCUCAGGAGAUCUUUCAGUCUUUGGGUAUCAGAGAUGUAAAUUACCAAUUGUAUUUGAUUGCCCUUUUGAAGUUAAUUGAUGUUGUCGUUGAGUACACAACAACUACAGUGAUUAACCAGUCAAUUGGUUCAACUACGUCUCAAUCCCCAAAUUAUUCCAUCGGGAUCAUAAAUCUGAAAAUUGUCUCCAAGAUUCAAAAUGGAUUUCUGUUGUUAGAUUUGAAAAACGACAUACUCAGAAAGAGAUACGAUAGUUUGAAAUACAAUUCUCAGAGGCUAAACAAAAUUGUGUAUGAUUUGUCGCUUCGUAAUUUGGUAACAACAAAAGCAGAAGUAGAAUAA